GGCCGUGCCACAUCCAUCAAGUUGAAGUGCAGAGUCAAGCGUUGAGUCAUUUUGGAAUAAUCUUGCAUGUUCUCUUUGGGAUCCAAAGGUUACACCAAGAGUCUGAUUGGUGAUUCCUCCCUGUGGUUGGGCGCCAGCGCCUCCAUCGAGCAUGACGGCGGCAAGUGGGCUGACGGAGCCCCCUUCUCUUACCUCCACUCAAGUGCAGGUGUCACUGAAGGGGGGAAAUGUCUUUUCUUGCUCACUGGCAGCGGCGACUGGAAGCGUGACGAGUGCGACAACAAGAAAGGCUACAUCUGCAAGAAAAGAGGAAAAGGAAAGACACAUCAGCUGCCGCCACAUGACGGCUACAAGGGGGAGCUUGUCUGCCAAGACGAUUUGAAAGCCCUUGAAUGUCCCGAUGAAAAAGUCAUCCGCAUACGGUCGGCUUUCUAUGGACGGAAGGAUAACGACGUCUGUCCAAGUGGCGACGGAUCACGCAGUGGCUGCAGGGUGAAAGGGGCUCUCCGUCACUUCAGAGGAUUGUGUGACAACUAUCAGAUUUGUCCCAUUUACCCUUGGGAUACGGACUCCUGCCUUGGUGUCUCCAAAUACCUCCGCGUCGUCUACAGCUGUGAGAAGAAAGUGUGUCUUGAUAGUCUGGGCAUCGCGGACGGGAGAAUCCCAGACGACUCUUUUUCAGCCUCUUCCUCUUUGAUCAAUGCCGAACCUCACAAAGCGCGUCUGGGGGGCAGCGGUUGCUGGAGACCCUCCAAAAUGUUCGGCAGCUGGAUCCAGGUGAACCUCGGUCAGAACUUUAAGGUGACAGGCAUUGAGACCCAGAGCUGUACAUACGGAUUGCAAAGUUACACCGUAUUAGCGAUGCAGUUCAGUAUUGACGGAGUGACUUGGUAUCGCCACCCAACGCAGCCUUCUGAGGGGACGUAUAUUCUAACCAGGCCCGUGUUUGCCCAGUACGUCCGCCUCCUGCCAAAGUUUUUGGGCCUACGCUUUGAUGUCUUGGGGUGCAGGUCUGACGGCACCGCUCGCGACAUCUUAUGUAGCAGCACAGCCGCCAAGCUCGGCCUCGGCGGUUCAAUGACGGUCCGGUGCCCACCGGGCUGCGCCCAAGCCGGCUACAAGGUCUACGGAACACGGCUCUACAAACGGGACUCGAACAUCUGCGCGGCCGCUAUUCACUCGGGCAUCAUUGAGAACCAGGUCGGAGAAGAUGUGACUUUGCUGAAGAGACUGCCACAGAAAGCCUACAGCAACUCCACCUGUAACGGAAUCAUCUCGAGAGUAUAUGUUAACGAAUUGGCUCCGUUUCCAUCUUACACUUUUGCUGACACGGAGCCGAGAUGCUUGGGACCUGACUGGGAGGAGUUUGCGGACUUCUGCUACAAACGUUUUGAUGAUACAAAGACGUGGUACGGCGCUCGACACUUCUGCUGGGGUCUCGAUGCCAAUCUGGUGUCCAUUCGCUCCGAGGCUGAGCGGGAUUGGCUGCAGGACCUCUUGAAGUCUGCCCCCGGAGACACGUGGACCGGACUGAACGACCUGGCCGAUCUCGGCAGAUUCGUGUGGUCGGACCGUCGGCAGGUGACCUUCACCAACUGGGCUCCGAGAAAACCUACCGGCCUGAUGGAAAAUUGCGUGGCCACCUUGAACCAGUCUGGCAAAUGGAAGAAGAUGUCCUGCAUGGAAUUAAACGGCUACGUGUGCAAGAUGCCCACAGCGCGUUAUCCGGUGGAUUUGGGAAGUGCCAAUGCAAGUUGCGAGUAAUCAUAUGAAUGCAAUUGACCUUGCAUGAUCAUUCUGCUUGGUUUACCAUGCAUUUUGAUUCACUGAUUGAUUUAGUCAAAGUCAAAGUCAGCUUUAUUGUCAAUCGCUUCAAUGUCUUGUGUGUCAAGAGACACACAAAGAAACCGAAAUUACGUUUUCUCUAUCCCACGGUGACGAGACAUAUUACACGAUAGACAUACAAGUAAACGACACAAUAUAAAAACAAGAAGGCACAAACAAUAACUAAUACGAAUGAUGAAUAAAUAAACAGAUAACACAAUGAAUAAGAGGAGCAAAACGGAGCCAGUGUGCAUACAGCAGACAGUAAGUAAGUUACCAUGCAUUCUUAUGAUUGAUUAACCAUGCGUUAGUCGUCUUGAUAGAUUUACCAUGUGUUAUUAUUCUGUUUAACUUACCAUGCAUUAUUUUUCUUCUUCUUGACUUAACAUGUGAUAUUGUGAUUUACCAUGCAUUAUUAUUAUUUUGUUCAAUUUACCAUGCAUUAUUAUUGAUUACCAUGCAUUAGUCGUCUUGUUAGAUUUACCAUGUUAUUAUUCUGUUUACGUUACCAUGUAUUCUUCUUCUUCUUGACUAACAUGUGAUAUUAGGAUUUACCAUGCAUUAUUAUUAUUUUGUUCAAUUUACCAUGCAUUUUCAUAAAUUAUUUCAUUGACUUAUUGUUAAAUUUACCAUGCAUUAUUAAUAUUCCAUCUGUCAUGUUUAUUUGACCCCCCCAAAAAAACAAUAAAAAGACAAUUGGUGUCACCUGUUAACUCAUUUGAUAGAGUACUGGUUUGGACAGGGCGAUUUUAUAAUCUGGUCAAUUAGAUCAUUCUCUAUUACUCCCGAUGUACGAGUAUUAGUCAGACCUCCUCAUGACGCCAUUUGGGUUGUAGCUUUAUGCGCUGAUGAACUAUUGUAGUGUUGUCACUUAUGGGUUGCUCGAUCCAAUCUACCACAAUUUUGAUGCAUUUUUCCAUGGCUCUUUGUAACAAUUUGGAAAAAAAAGACUUACUCUAUUGCUUUCCACGUCAUGAAAUUCAUCCAUUGUCCUGAAGUGCUUAUUUUCACGAGGCUCGCAAGCUGGGGGCACAUCCUGAACUGAUUCCCAUCAU